GCCCCAUUUGCAAAAGUAGCACUGGUCUCCGGAACCUGGCUGUUGGAGGACCGGCCAGCCUCAUCUGGGAAUGUCCUGGACCAAUUCCGGUGGUGUACGGGUGCACAGACAGUGCCCUUCUCCACCAGAUGUCUGGUUUCAGCCGUUCGUCUGCCAAAUACCCGAGUGAGCGGCAGAAGUGCAAGAAAGCACAGGCAAGGUAGUAUCAUGACUUCAGUUCUUGAAAGAGGCGCGGCUCUUUUCGACGAGCGAGACUACAACCACGCCACAGACUCCACCUAUAAGGACUAUAGGCAACAGGCGUCGGACUUGUACGAGAAGAAAAACAAGCUUUCCCAGCAGUCGCAGCAGGCGUACCAGAGAGGCGAUAAGCAAAAGGCACAUGAGCUCAGCGAGCAGCUGAAGCAGGUGUUACAGGAGGCCGAAAACUGCAACAAGAAGGCCGCAGAGUACGUCUUCAUCGAAAACAACACGGACUCCAAGAGCGACGAGAUCGAUUUGCACGGCUUGUACGUGAAGGAGGCCAAGUGGAUUUUGCAGAGGCGCAUCAGCGAGUGUAUACGCACCAACCAGCCGCACAUCAAGGUCAUAGUGGGCAAAGGCUUGCACUCGCAGAAUGGAGUGGCCAAGUUGAAGCCUGCCAUUGACGAGAUGUGCGACGAGUCCCGCUUGAAGCACUACGUGGAUCCACACAACGCCGGGGUCAUGGUGAUUGAACUUACGAACACAUCGAACCUGAACAUUCCGUCCCACUGGGACUCGUCGCCAAUGGGCCAGGGAUACCAGCAGCAGCCCCAGUACCAACAACAGCCGCAAUACCAGCCGCAGCCCCAGCAGCAGGAAUUCAAGACGGGGAAUCUGUUGGUGGAUUUGUUGUUGAAGGUGGUGUGCAACUGCUUGAAGUAGGGCGUGGGAUAGUAGGCUGGGCCCGGCCGGGCACUGUGUGCGGGUUUGCUUUGCUUAUGGAUGUGGGUGUUUUUGGGGGUUUGACUUCUUUCUACGUUUCAUCAUAGACGAACGCUUAUUCAUGGUGGUGUACUUAUAGUUGUAUAUUUCCUUCUGGUAGUGGUGCGCUUCUAAUAAUGGAUUCUCAUAGUAUCUGUCCUUCUGGUAGUGGCUUUACUCCUAAUAAUGGGUUCUCAUA